UUUUAAACUGAAAUUCAAUAAAUGUUAACAGUGCUACCCAUCAGUGAUGGGUUCAAUAGGCAGCACUGGCAUGGCGUCAUUAACUGGUUAAAAGCGAGCAAAUUGAUAACGACCACAACCACAACAAAUCCGACGAGCAUAACAACAAAGCUAUGGCAGCUGUGCGAAUGAGAAUCUCAAUUAACAAACGAUCGAGGGCCAAACCAUAUAAGCAACAGUGAGAAACAGAGCGUGCGGCGAGCAACAUGUCGGCACACAUAGCAGCUCUAGAUGUGGGAACGACUUCCGUAAGGUGCUUUGUGCAAGACGAGAACUGCUCCAUUAAGGGGUCGGCGGUAGAGGCCGUUGAGUUGCUAAAUCCGAAACCGGGCUACUUUGAAAUUGAACCCGAAGCCUUAUGGGCCAAGAUAGUGAAGGUGAUAACAGCGGCGAUACACGAUGCCAAGCUAAAGCCCGAGGACAUAACUUGCCUGACCAUCUCGACGCAGCGCUGCACGUUUCUCACCUGGAAUCAUCGUACCAAGGAGUAUUAUCACAAUUUCAUCACCUGGAAGGAUGUGCGAGCCGACGAGCUGGUCGAUCGCUGGAAUUCCAGCUGCACAAUGCGCACCAUGAACGGUGUAUCCUAUGCCCUGUUCUUGGUAACCCGCAAUGCCCGUUGGCUGGCCGGCAGCGUGCUGAAGAUGAUGAAUGGACAGGUUACGCCUCGACUCCUGCACGAAAUCGAGCAUAACAAGCGCCUGCAGGGGGCAUUGCGUGAGGGCACGGCUCGUCUUGAGCUGCUCGAUUCGUGGAUUCUGUAUAAACUUCGUUCGGGCAAUGGUCUGAAUCCAGAUGUGGAACACAUAACCGAUAUUACCUCGAGUACGGCCACUGGUCUGUACGAUCCCUUCACACUCAGCUGGUCCUCAAUCAUUCCACUAAUGUUUGGCAUCGAUCUAAAGAUAUUACCGCGCGUUGUGGACAAUGGCUACAAAAGUUUUGGGUAUGUCCAUCCUGCAGCCUUUGGCAAGGAUUGGGCCAACAGCCAAAUACCCAUUGCCGCCUCCUUAAGCGAUCAGACAGCGGCCAUGUGGGGCUCCCAAUGCUUUAACAAAGGCGAUUGUAAAGUUACAAUGGGCACAGGUGCUUUCUUAAACGUAGUAACCGGCAAAGACUGCCAAGCCGCAAUUACGGGCUUGUACCCGCUAGUGGCCUGGCAGCUGAAGCAGAAGAAGAACAAAUGCCGGACGGUUUAUUGCAUUGAAGGCGCCUCCCAUGACUGCGGAACCGUGAUUAGCUGGGCCCAAUCCUGUGGAUUGUUUGCUGAACCCGCCGAAACGGCAGAGAUAGCGGAGUCAGUGCCGGAUACGAAUGAUGUUUUUUUCAUGCCCGCGUUCAGCGGCUUGGGCCCACCUGUGAAUGACUACAAGGCGGCUACGGGUUUCAUUGGCAUGACACCAUCUACGACAAAGGGCCAUUUGGUGCGCGCACUCCUCGAGAGCAUUGUUUUCCGUGUGGUGCAGCUCAUCGAGAGUGCCGAAAAUGAGACUGACACAAAGCUUCAAGUGAUCAGGGUAGAUGGUGGCGUGUCUCGCAAUGAUUUCGUCUGCCAAUUUCUGGCCGAUGCCUGCAACGUAAAAGUGGAGCGCGCCCAGAACACCGAGUCAAGCAUCUUGGGCGCCACAUACUUGGCCGGCAUUAAUCACGGCAUCUGGAAGGACGCGGAGGAUAUUAAGAAAUAUCGCGUGGUCGAUCGUCUGUUUAUUCCGCGUCCCGAACUUUAUGAUGGCAUUCGAAAGCGGCUCAAGAAGUGGAACCGGGCCAUCGAACGUUUUGGCGAUUGGUAUUAACCACUUUACAGGGAUAUGUUUAGAAAUGGGGUUGUAGCAAUUGUUAUCAGUUUUGUUUUUAUAAUUUAGUUACCAACUUAGAAUACCAAGCAAUAUUUUGUAUGAAAAUGGAAA